AUGACCCGCUCAGGCGCCAACGUCCAGCCCGCAAGAAACAUGGAGGUCUCGGCUUCGGUUCAGUGCGCAAACUCCUCGUCGGACCCCGCACGCUUCCUUCCCCCGCUCCUCCAGCAGAGGGCGCCGGCACGAAGGUUCCGCUGGCCCCGCCCCGGCCCGCCCCCGGGGAUCGGGCUCAUGAAGGACGCCUUCCAGCCGCACCACCACCACCACCACCUCAGCCCCCACCCGCCGGGGACCGUGGACAAGAAGAUGGUGGAGAAGUGCUGGAAGCUCAUGGACAAGGUGGUGCGGUUGUGUCAGAACCCAAAGCUGGCGCUAAAGAAUAGCCCACCUUAUAUCUUAGACCUCCUGCCAGAUACCUACCAGCAUCUCCGUACUAUCUUGUCAAGAUAUGAGGGGAAGAUGGAGACACUUGGAGAAAAUGAAUAUUUUAGGGUGUUCAUGGAGAAUUUGAUGAAGAAAACUAAGCAGACCAUAAGCCUCUUCAAGGAGGGAAAAGAACGAAUGUAUGAGGAGAAUUCUCAGCCUAGGCGAAACCUUACCAAACUGUCCCUGAUCUUCAGCCACAUGUUGGCAGAACUAAAAGGGAUCUUUCCAAGUGGACUCUUUCAAGGAGAUACAUUUCGGAUUACUAAAGCAGAUGCUGCUGACUUUUGGAGAAAAGCUUUUGGGGAAAAGACCAUAGUCCCUUGGAAGAGCUUUCGACAGGCCCUACACGAGAGCCUUAGACAGGACCUACACGAGGUACAUCCCAUCAGUUCUGGGCUGGAGGCCAUGGCGCUGAAAUCCACUAUUGACCUGACCUGCAAUGAUUAUAUUUCAGUUUUUGAAUUUGACAUCUUUACACGACUCUUUCAGCCCUGGUCCUCCUUGCUCAGGAACUGGAACAGCCUUGCUGUCACUCAUCCUGGUUACAUGGCUUUCCUGACCUAUGAUGAAGUGAAAGCUCGGCUCCAGAAGUUCAUUCACAAACCUGGCAGUUAUAUCUUCCGGCUGAGCUGUACUCGUCUGGGCCAGUGGGCUAUUGGGUAUGUGACUGCUGACGGGAACAUCCUCCAGACAAUCCCUCACAACAAACCUCUCUUCCAAGCACUGAUUGAUGGCUUCAGGGAAGGCUUCUAUUUGUUUCCUGAUGGACGAAACCAGAAUCCUGACCUGACAGGCUUAUGUGAACCAACUCCCCAAGACCACAUCAAGGUCACCCAGGAACAAUAUGAGUUGUACUGUGAGAUGGGCUCCACAUUCCAGCUGUGUAAGAUAUGUGCAGAGAAUGACAAGGACGUGAAGAUCGAGCCCUGCGGACACCUCAUGUGCACCUCCUGUCUCACGUCCUGGCAGGAGUCAGAGGGCCAGGGCUGCCCGUUCUGCCGAUGUGAGAUUAAAGGCACCGAGCCCAUCGUGGUGGACCCGUUUGACCCUCGAGGGAGUGGCGGCCUGCUGCGGCAGGGAGCAGAGGGUGCUCCUUCCCCGAAUUACGACGAGGACGACGACGAGCGGGCUGACGAUUCCCUCUUCAUGAUGAAGGAGUUGGCUGGUGCCAAGGUUGAACGACCGCCUUCUCCAUUCUCCAUGGCCCCACAAGCUUCCCUUCCCCCUGUGCCACCACGACUUGACCUUCUACAACAGCGAAUCUCUAUUCCUUCAAGUACUUCUAGUCUUGGAGCAGCUUCUAAGGCCGCACCUGGCUCUCUUCACAAGGAUAAACCAUUGCCGAUACCUCCCACACUUCGAGAUCUUCCGCCGCCACCCCCUCCAGACCGGCCGUAUUCUAUUGGAGCAGAAGCCCGGCCCCAGAGGCGCCCCCUGCCUUGUACACCAGGCGAAUGUCCAUCCAGGGACAAAUUACCCCCUGUCCCCUCAAGCCGCCUUGGGGACUCAUGGCUGCCUCGGCCAAUCCCCAAAGUUCCAGUAGCUGCCCCAAGCUCCAGUGAACCCUGGACAGGAAGAGAAUUAACCAACCGACACUCACUUCCAUUUUCCUUGCCCUCACAAAUGGAGCCCAGAGCAGAUGUGUCUAGGCUUGGAAGCACAUUCAGUCUGGAUACCUCUGUGAAUAUGAAUAGCUGCCCAUUAGCAGGUCCAGAGUGUGAGCACCCCAAAAUCAAACCUUCCUCCUCUGCCAAUGCCAUUUACUCUCUGGCGGCCAGACCUCUUCCUGUGCCAAAACUGCCACCUGGGGAGCAGUGUGAGAAUGAGGAGGACUCCGAGUAUAUGACUCCCUCCUCGAGGCCUGUAGGGCUUCAAAAACCAGAGCCGAAACGGCCUUUGGAGACAACCCAGAGCGCCCGUGCAUGUGAAUGUGACCAGCCAGUCGACAGCUGUACGUACGAGGCGAUGUAUAACAUUCAGUCCCAAGCACCGUCCAUCUCCGAGAGCAGCACCUUCGGUGAAGGGAGUCUGGCUGUAGCCCACGCCAGCACUGGGCCAGAAGAGUCAGAAAACGAGGAAGACGGGUAUGACGUCCCUAAACCACCUGUGCCGGUUGUGCUGGCCCGUCGAACUCUCUCGGACAUCUCUAACGCCAGCUCCUCCUUCGGCUGGUUGUCACUGGAUGGCGAUGCCACAGCAAACUUCACUGAGGACUCCCAGGUUCCCGAGAGGCCCCCCAAACCGUUUCCCCGGAGAAUCAACUCUGAACGAAGAGCAGGUAGCUGUCAGCAAGGUGGCGGGGCUGCUGCUGCUUCGCCUCAGCUCUCCAGUGAGAUCGAGAACCUCAUGAGUCAAGGGUACUCCUACCAGGACAUUCAGAAGGCACUGGUCAUUGCCCACAACAACAUCGAAAUGGCCAAGAACAUCCUCCGGGAGUUUGUCUCCAUCUCCUCUCCCGCCCAUGUCGCCACCUAGCACAUCCCCUCCUGCCACAGCCGUGGAGGACCAGUGAGCAGGGGCGCUUACUCAAGGAGCACCUAAGGGCAGAGGUUCCUUCGGAGACUUCACAACGCAGUCUCACCCUCUCCGGGAUCUCACAUCCGUGGUUCCAAGAUUUCAAAGCAGCAGAAUGAAAACGGAGCAGCUAGUAUGUUUUAUUAUUUUACUGGUCUCGAGAGUACUAUGAAGGUGUUCUUCAGUCCCCACUUGAUAGUGUGGAGUUUUAUUAUAUGGUGACCUACCUGGGGAACAGCGCAGAAAACAGUGAACAAACACCAUGCUGUAAAUCCUGAUUGAGAAAUUAAGACUUUGUUGGGUUAA